AUGUGCCGGCUCGCCAAAUGGCGAAGUGUCAAUGCCGUUUCACCCAGAAUUUGUACAGUUUCACCAAUUGGCGAAAUGGCACAUGACAUUUUGCCAGUAAAUGGUUACAACACCGUAAAUUCACAAGAACGUAAUCGUCCAUAUUUAGUUAGUUAUUUAAUGGCUGAUGGUGCAUUAGGGAUAACAAGUGCUCAACAGGCAGUUUUUCCACAAUCAAAACGUUUAAUGUGUUGGGCACAUGUCAUUCGUAAAUGCCGAGAGCAUAGAAAAUUGGUUCCAAAAGAUAAAUGGAAUGAUAUAGAUGCUGAUAUUCAUGCUCUACAAUUGAGUUUUUCCGAUGAUAUAUUUAGUCGUGGUUCAUUAUUAUUAACGCAAAAGUGGAGUGCUGAUUCAGCUAUUCAACAAUUUCAACAAUAUUUUUUUGAUCAAUGGAUUACAAAAUUACCGCUAUGGUAUGAAGGUGCAGCAUUCAAUCUACCUUCAACGAACAAUGGCUGUGAAUCAUUAAACGGAAAGAUUAAACAACAAUAUACACUUAGAAAUAAAUUACAUUUAACAUCGUUUUUACCAAAGAUGGAACAAAUGUUAAAUGAUUGGUCGACAGCUACUUUAUCACAAGGUUUUACCAUCAAAACUUCUAUAUCAUCUACUUUAGAGGUAGCCGCAUUCAAAUGGUCAAAUGAUAUUGAUAAAAAUAAUAUUUUACAUUGGUUUGAUACAUGGUAUAUUGUUCCAUCAUCGAAUGCAAUAAUAACACCAGUAGUUUGGUUACAAAUGUAUCGAUUACAACAAUUGAAAUCAUUUGAUGAAUUUGUUAUGUGGCAGAAAUCUUGUUGGUUGGUUUCACCACUCAUGUACAUGCUCAAGUAG